UUUUCUGGAAGAUCUCUUGUCUAGCGCCGGGAUGCGGGGAUUGGCAGAGAAAGUUAGAACAUUCCCAGCAUUAGACACAGUGACAAAUUCAGAUGAACCUGGUCCUAGUUCAUCUUUCUCAGAACUAAUGAAUUACGCUGAAAUUGAUGAGUCAAGGUUUAUUAGAUUACUUUGUGAUAUACAUUCUGAGCUGGAAAUGGACCAUUUCAAGACUAUUAAAUCCCGUUGCAUUGAUGUUAUCCCCUACGAUAUAUUAGAGAAGAAAAAUGGAGCAUUUGAUGUAUUUUAUGAAUUGUCUAAGCGCCUAGUAAUAUCUCCAAGAAACACAUCAUUCCUAGAGGAUUUAUUAUCCUAUGUAGGAAAGCAGAAUCUGGUGACUUUAAUUGAACGAUUUCAUCGCGGAAGAACCCCAGUAUCCGUAUCAACUGGCGGUGGCAAGAAACAAAGAGUUGACCCAUAUGAUUCUACACCUUAAUCAUAAUGACAUUGUUGCCGAUUUUGAAACACAUGUUUUACAAGAAAUGAGUAUUCCUGCUGCUAUCUGGUUUAUUUGUGUAAACAUGAAGGAGUAGUGUAGAGCAGAAGUAAACGUGGCUACUUGCUUCAUUCACUCAAUUUAUAAUUUGAUGAUGUGUCAUUGUCAAUCUUAAAAUCAGUUCGUCUUAUUAUUCAUUCCAAAGCACACGAAUUGUGAUACCUUUGAAGUUUCAUAACGUUUUAUGUUAUUUACACUUCACCUUGUGUUAUCCACCAAUAGACAAUGCGUUUGUUUGAUUGAAUUGUGUUCACGCUAAACACGUGAUAAUAGAUUUUUAAUAAAUGCUGUAAAUUAAACACAUAUAGCCUGACAUUCAUGUCGCAUUAAUAUUGUCAGUUUUAUCAGUGUGGUCAAACAUCUAGUAAACUAAAUAAGAUGUCAUAGCUAUUAGCUUAGUCAGGUUAAACUGAAUUGUCUGUUUUUGUAUUUAGUAUUUUCAUGUAAAUUUUAUGUACAUUCUCAUCGGUAUUGAUUAUAUUUCACUUUAUUUUACAAAUGUACUGUUAAAUAAUGACAUGGUCGAUAUUCGACAUUUUGGGGUAUUAUAAUUUAAAUAAACAACUUUCCACUGCCCAUUUUUGUUAACAAUAAUGAAUCCCCAUAGUGUCAUCUUCGAUGAGAAGGGUCUAUGACAAGUUCGCCUCGCACAUUAUCCAGUCUAGACCAUUUUCUGAAUCCAAUAUUUCUUUGAUUUCAUUUCUUUGAUAAAUCACCAACAGAAUUAGACAAAUUUAGUUAAAUGUUAGACGUGAAGCCUUCGUAGAGGUGAUAAAUAAUACGUCAUAAACAGAGCCCGGAUGGCGAUAUUAGCUUAAAUAUCAGACUGUUGUGUCAUGAAUAUUCCCGCCUAGGUCCUGUUCAUUAUUCCAUAACUAAUGUUUAAAACCAUUGUAUCUGAAACGUAUGAGAAAUACGAUGUAUGUAUG